GCGCCCGCGCCACAAACCAGUUAGUAGUCAUUACUCUCAUAAAGGAGAGGGUUUUAGCCUUUUUUUAGGGUUUAAGACAUCACAAGGGAUAGCAGCUAUCUCCCAAAGAAAAACUAAAAAAAUGGGUGCAGAAGCCAAAAAGCAGAAAAUGGCAGAAGAGGAAAUCGGCAUUGAUGGGAAGCUGGUUAUUUCUGUUGAAAAACUGCAAGAGAUUCAAGACGAACUUGAGAAGAUUAAUGAGAAAGCAAGUGAUGAAGUUUUGGAAAUUGAACAAAAGUACAGUCAUGUCCGCCGACCAGUCUAUGAUAGGCGUAAUGAUAUUAUUAAAGCUAUUCCUGACUUCUGGUUGACAGCCUUCUUGAGUCAUCCUGUUCUUGGGGAACUUCUAACUGAAGAGGACCAUAAGAUUUUCAAGUUUCUAAGUUCGGUCGAAGUGGAAGAAUCUAAGGAUGUGAAAUCGGGAUAUACGAUCACGUUUAACUUCAAUUCAAAUCCUUAUUUUGAAAAUACAAAGCUCUCGAAGAACUAUACCUUUCUUGAAGAUGGACCUACCAAAAUCACUGCUUCGACAAUACAAUGGACGGAAGGCAAUGGCAUUCCUAAUGGAGUUGCUCAUGAGAAGAAAGGAAACAAGCGAUCCCUUGCUGAGGAAAGCUUUUUUAGCUGGUUCAGUGAAGUCAAUCAGAAGGAUGAUGGUGAAGAUGACGAGGAUGUCUUUCUGGAGAUUCAAGAUGAAGUUGCUGAGAUAAUCAAGGACGAUUUGUGGCCGAACCCUCUAACUUAUUUUAACAAUGAUCCUGAUGAAGAAGAUCUUGAGGAGGACGAAGGUGGUGAUGAGAAGUCAAACAGAAAUAAAACUGGAGGUUAUGUCAACCGUCCAAAUCUUGAUAGGAAGGAAUCAUGUUUUCAGUUUGCUUUCUAGUUUUACCAAACAACACAUGGGGAAAGGACAGUGAAGGCUCAGAUGAUGAGUGAAGUCUUAUACUUCCUCUUUUCGAGUUAUCAUCUUCAAAAGUUUCGUUGAAUAGGUUUUGUUGGUGUCUGUAGAGAGGCUUUAACAUGUUUGGAAAAGAAUAUAAUUUAUUUUAGGUGAGGUCAUGCAAUUGCUAACGCAACUCUACAUGUUUUUUGAACCUUGUUGGUUUUCAUUUAGUUCAAGCAGCAUUGAUUAAUGGCAAGGGAGGGUAACUUGUUUGAGAACUCAGAUUCUACCUGGCAAAUCACUUUUUAUCUUAUUGAUUCUGUUUAAGUUUCA